GUGUGCAGUAAAAAAGGAGAAAGAAGAGGGGAGGGUACCGGUGUGCCUGUGACUAUGAUAUUUGGUAAACUGCGCAUGGUGCUGUGGAUGGAGGAGGAGAAGAGGAUGAAAGGGAAGUCGAGAUAAAUUUUACGGGUUUGGGAGUUUUAUCAGUUCAGCAGGUCUUGUUUCCUCGCCAUUUUCUUGUUUCUGUGUUUACUGUGUGUAUUUACAGAUACUCUCUUUCUUUUACACAUCUUCCUCCUCUUCUUCUAUUCUAUCCUAUUCUAUUCUACUCUGCUCAAUAUCUAGUUCAAUCAACAGCACUCACAACAACUUCAUCUUCAAAAUAUACACGACCCCUGCGGCUCAGUACGUUGGUUUAGGGCUCGAACUGCACCUCCUCGAAACGGACAUCUCCGGUCUUCCUCCUCCUCUUCCCUCUUCCUAUCUGCACAAUAAGAAAUAGAGAAGAAAUGCCGAUAGCGACAUACAACCUCCCUCGCGCACUAGACCCCGUGCCCGCCACGCCCCUAACACCCACCUCCUUCGCCCCCUUCGGCGCGGUCGUGUCCUCCGCGCAGCAACUCCAGACCAUGACGCAGAUUCCCGCAAACUACGGCACCGCAAUCAAGCUCGCGAAAGUAACCCCCGUGACCAACAACUUUGCGCGCGCGCCUAGUAAAAAAACAGCGACGACGAAUGUUAAUCUGUUUAGGAGUUCGGUGCCGGUGAAGUUGAUUGAGCGCACGGCGGCGGAGGAGGGCGUGUAUCUUACUGGUGUGCUGGAGCGGCAUCCGUUUUCGACGCAGACGUUUUUGCCGAUGGGCGUGGAUGCGCGGGAUGUUGCGUAUCUCGUCAUUGUCGCGGAGACAAAGGCGGAGGAUGGAUUACCUGAUUUAUCGACGCUGAAAGCAUUCGUUGCGAUGGGCAAUCAAGCUGUUACUUAUGGCCCAGGAACAUGGCACGCCCCCAUGGUCGCUCUCAAAGAGGUGAUCGACUUUGCGGUCCUGAUGCACGAAAACGGCGUCCCGGACGAAGACUGCCAGGAAGUCUACAUCAACCCGCGGGUGCCGAUCAAGUUCAGUAUACGCACCGCCGCGGUCUCCGGUAUCUCUGCAAAGUUGUAAAUAAGCUGUGGCAUAGCCGAAUCUAUAAUAAAUUAUUUUACUGUUGU